AUGUUAACCAAAGGUGAGGAAAGUCACGGUGGUUCUACUUCUUCACAAUGGACGCUCGACAGUAUUGUGGCUCCUGAAGAAAUGGAGCAGAUGGUAGAUGUGGUCAUCCACGACCACGAUGGCUCUGAAUCCUCCAAAGAUGAAUCACCGGAGACGGAGGUCGAUGGGAACAAGAGCAUUCCGAAAGAAACCAAUGGAACUCGGACAGCCUCAGCUGCCUCCAGGGGGCUUAAGAGCUUGCGGUUUCUAGAUAGGACGACCACAGAAAACGAAGGCGAUGCCUGGAAGGCCACUGAAAAGAGGUUUGACCAGCUUGCCGUCGACGGGCAUCUCUCUAGAGAUAACUUUGGGCGUUGCGUAGGCAUGGGUGAUUCCAAGGAAUUCGCCGGUGAGCUCUUCGAUGCCUUAGCUAGGCGUAGGAACUUGGAAACUACCAAUGGCAUAACCAGGGAACAGCUGAAGAGCUUUUGGGAGGACAUGAUCAGUCGGGACUUUGAUUCUCGGUUGCAGAUAUUCUUUGAUAUGUGUGAUAAAAAUGGUGACGGGAGGCUUUCAGAGGACGAGGUAAAAGAGGUCAUCAUGUUAAGUGCCUCGGAAAACAAGCUAACAAAAUUGAAAGAACAUGCUUCGACCUAUGCAGCUCUAAUCAUGGAGGAGCUCGACCCUGACCAUCUGGGUUACAUAGAGAUUUGGCAACUAGAAACUCUACUACAAGGGAUGGUGAAUUCUGAAGAAGGUGAAAAUUUUGUUAAGAAAACCCAUACACUCGCCAAAAUGAUGAUCCCAAAACAAUAUAGAACCCCUGUGAGCAAGUAUCUAACCAAGGCUUCUGAGUUCAUCCACGACAACUGGAAGAGGAUAUGGAUCAUUGCACUAUGGUUGAUUGCGAACCUGAUACUUUUCAUUUGGAAAGCCUAUCAAUAUCAACACCGAUCUGUGUUUGUCAUCAUGGGUUACUGUGUAUGUAUUGCCAAAGGUGCUGCUGAAGGACUCAAACUCAAUAUGGCUCUCAUUCUACUUCCAGUAUGCAGAAAAACCCUUACCAGGCUCAGAUCAACAUUUCUUGGUAGCUUCAUCCCCUUUGAUGACAACAUCAAUUUCCACAAGUUGAUCGCACUCACAAUUGUAAUUGGCACUUCAAUUCAUGUAUUCAUGCAUAUCACUUGUGAUUUCCCAAGAUUAACUUCAUGCCCAAAAAUAAUUUUCAUGGAGACUCUUGGAUCAAAUUUCGGUUACAAGCAACCAACAUAUGGUGACCUGUUAGCCAGCACUGUAGGAGUCACUGGCAUUAUUAUGAUCAUUAUAAUGGCAUUCUCUUUCACAUUGGCAACACACUCUUUUAGGAGGAAUGUUAUCAAACUACGUUGGCCCUUUCACCAUUUGGCAGGAUUUAAUGCCUUCUGGUAUGCACAUCAUUUGCUAACCAUUGCCUAUAUCCUCCUCCUUAUUCAUGGCUACUUCAUUUUUCUCACCAAGGAAUGGUAUAAAAAGACGACAUGGAUGUAUGUCAGUAUUCCAGUCCUCUUUUAUGCUAGCGAGAGAAUGCACAGAGCGAUCCAUGAAAGAACUGACGAUGUUAGCAUUAUUAAGGUCAUAAUAUAUGAAGGGAACGUUCUUGCUCUGUACAUGAGCAAACCACCAGGGUUCAAGUACAAGAGUGGAAUGUAUUUAUUUGUCAAGUGUCCAGACAUAUCACCCUUUGAAUGGCAUCCGUUCUCCAUUACUUCUGCACCAGGAGAUGACUACUUGAGUGUUCACAUCAGAACCCUAGGAGAUUGGACAACAGCACUUAGAAACCGAUUUUCAGAGGUCUGUGAAGCUCCAACUGUUCCACCGAGAAAGGGCCAUCUAGCUAGAAGAGAAACCAAAGCAGUGACAGAUUAUGAUUAUCAAGAACUUGGCUUCCCCAAGAUUGUCAUCGAUGGACCUUAUGGAGCCCCAGCUCAAAAUUACAAGAAGUAUGACAUUUUAAUGCUAAUUGGCUUGGGAAUUGGGGCAACUCCAUUUAUUAGCAUUCUGAAGGAUCUCCUGAAUCACAUCAAAACCAAUGAUACCAACCUUGUACCUCCAAACACACAAGGAACAGCUAGAAAAGAAAAGGGUCCAGGAAGGGCAUACUUCUACUGGGUUACAAGAGAACAAAGCUCCUUUGAGUGGUUCAAGGGUGUUAUGGAUGAUGUCACUGAGCAUGAUCAUGAUCACGUCAUAGAAAUGCACAACUAUCUGACUAGCGUCUAUGAAGAAGGUGAUGCACGAUCUGCACUCAUUGCCAUGUUGCAGUCAUUGCAACAUGCAAAGAAUGGAGUUGAUAUCGUUUCAGAGAGUCGGAUACGAACCCAUUUUGCAAGACCGAACUGGAGGAAGGUGUUCACUUACUUGGCAAAUGCCCACAAAUCAUCUCGAAUAGGUGUUUUCUACUGUGGAAGCUCAACGCUUACCAAACAGCUGAAGAAGCUUUGCCAGGAAUUCAGCUAUUCGUCCACAACCCGCUUCCAUUUCCACAAGGAGAACUUCUAGGACAGAACAUGGUCAAAUAGGUUACAGAUACACACAUACAUGUACAUACAUUCAAAAGGGGAAAAUAUCUUUUUGUCAUUAGAACUUCCGUAGAACACAAAUUCCACACUGAUUUGUUAGCAAACAUAAUACAAAAAUGAGGUCAUAUGCAAAACUUGAA